CCGCGGUGUCCAACUUUUAUUAAUCUUUUAACUCCAAUUUGUUUUAUUCUCACCACAAUAGACCUCCUCAUUUGUUGGAAACUUCCUUUUGAAAGCCCGGAACACCAGAACACGGAAUCAUCUAGUAAACACUGAGAUCUUUGGAUAACUAUAAUCAAGAUGUCUUCCAAUGACAUCUACCAAACUCCAUUGACUUCGCGUUAUGCAAGUAAGUAACUCGAUCUAUGCGCCCCUCAACGGACAAAAUAAAUCACAAUUUGAUAUCUUCUAUGUUCCAAUUCAGAUCUGACAAUCAAAUGAUUGCUUCAACCGACCUCAGAGAUUCAAUGCUAAUUAUUCCAUUCCUACAGGCAAUGAGAUGAAGGAGAUCUUCUCCGCUCGCAACCGUGCUUCCACAUGGAGAACGCUUUGGAUCCAUCUCGCCGAAGCCGAGAAGGAGUUGGGUUUGGAUAUCAGUGCUGAGGGAAUUCAACAAAUGAAGGACCACAGAAUCAUGACAGACGAGGACUUUGAGGUUGCUGCAGUGGAAGAAAAGAAGCGUCGUCAUGAUGUGUAAGUUCCACUCUAGAGUUUUCACUUUCUAGAUUGGACUUGCUAACCUUCGUUCUUUUCAGUAUGGCACAUGUUCAUGCAUUUGGCCGAGUUGCUCCAAAGGCUGCCGGUAUUAUCCAUUAUGGUGCCACCUCAUGCUACUGCACUGAUAAUGCCGAUCUCAUCUUCCAACGUGAUGCCCUCGACUUAAUCCUCCCAAAGUUAGCUACCGUCAUUCACAAGUUGGCUCAAUUUGCUCUCGAGUUCAAGGAUCUACCUACCUUGGGAUACACCCAUUUCCAACCCGCUCAAUUGAUCACUGUAGGUCGUCGUGCCUCUCAAUGGGUUCAAGAUCUUCUCAUGGAUUUGGAGGACAUUAAGAGAGUCAGAGCCGAUCUUCGUAAGUCCUCAAUAUGUCUUACACUCAAGCGCGAUCAGGUUUCAAAUUUCUAUGAACACCUACUAACGCUUCUUGAAUUUAGGUUACCGUGGCGCUCAAGGCACAACUGGUACACAAGCCAGUUUCAUGGAGAUCUUUAAAGGCGACGGUGCCAAGAUUGACCAGCUCAACGAGAUCCUUUGUGAGAAAGCCGGAUUCCCAAGCUGUUACGCCAUCAGCACACAGACCUAUUCCCGUAAAGUUGAUCUUAGAAUAGCCAAUGCCCUUUCCAGCUUUGGUGCUACCGCCCAGAGAAUCUCAAGUGACAUCCGCCAUCUUGCCAACUUGAAGGAAUUGGAGGAACCAUUUGAGAAGGAUCAAAUCGGUUCAUCUGCAAUGGCCUAUAAGCGCAAUCCAAUGAGAUCCGAACGAAUUGCAGCUCUUGGCCGUCAUCUUGCCAACCUCAACAAGAAUGCCAACGAUACCUAUGCUGCUCAAUGGUUCGAGAGAACCCUCGACGACUCCGCAAUCCGCCGUAUCACCAUCCCUGAGAUGUUCCUGUCAGCUGACGCCGUCUGUAUGGCUAUGGACAACGUCGUCUCUGGCUUUGUUGUUUACCCAAACCGUAUUCACUCCCGUGUCAUGGAAGAAUUGCCUUUCAUGGCUACAGAGGUAAUUAUUAUGAGAAUUGUUGCCGCUGGAGGAUCGAGACAAGAAGCCCAUGAGGAGAUUCGUGUUCUUUCUCACCAAGCUUCUGAUGUUGUUAAGAAGCAAGGUGGGCAAAACGAUUUGAUCGACCGUAUUAAGGCUACCAAGUACUUCGAACCAGUCUGGGCCGAUCUCGAUAACAUGAUGGACCCAAAGAACUUCAUUGGUCGCAGUGCACACUCGGUCGAGAAGUACUGUGGACCAGGUGGAGAGGUUGAAGCUGCCCUUGCGGAAUGGUCAGGACAGAUCAAGUCUAGCAAGGCCGUUGAGUUGAGUCUUUAAUUCGAAGUUCACUGACUUUACAACUUCUUCGAUUGAAGAAUGUCAAAAUGGAUAGAUAUGGGUGGGGGAAAAUUGGUUGGAGUUCAUGGAGUAUGGCCCUCACGGAUCUCAUGGGUAGAGGAUUUUUCAAAGUAGAUGUGCGACUCAUACCCAUUAAACUUGCGUGUAUUUAGUUUUCUGGAGGUACUAUUCUCGACUUUAGCAAGCAUGUAGUUUUUACAGCGACUUGAUGCAAACAUGAUGAUAUACAUUACAU